AUUUGUAUCAAUCCGCGGCGCUGCAAUGUAAACUAGUGAGGUCACAUUCUUUCCGCAACAACACCUGUACGAGAACAUGUUGAAACACCUUUACAGGUUAGUCGGCUGAUGGCAGGUGAGACAUCCUUGGGCUUCCUUGUGGAAACAUGAGCGCUCCUCAUAUCCACUCAUGAAGAUUGUCUUGUUUCUUCUCGGGGCUUUGUGCUCCCCUACAGGCACCACCAAACCCCCCAGCCCUGUUAACGUCAGCUUCUCUUCGGUGAACCUGAGGAACCUUCUCCAGUGGCUCCCUGGAAACACGACGCUGGACGGCACUCGCUUCAUCGUGCAGUAUGCCUUGUACGGAGACAGCAAAGGUGGUAGGAUCAACUGGAGGCCCGUGGAAAAGUGCAAGGGAAAAACGGAGACGUACUGCGACCUGACGUGCGAAACGUGGGAUGAGAAGAACAACUACUAUGGAAGAGUACGCUCGGUUGUGGGCUCCAAUGUCUUCUCCAAGUGGGCUGUGACUCAAAGGAGAUUCAAUCCAAAGUCUGACACGACAUUUGGACCGCCUCUACUGUCAGUGGAGGUUGAGGACAACAAGGCCAUCAUCCAUCUGAAAGGUCCACUCAGAUACCAGAAAGAUGACCACGCCCCGCCCAUUUACAUGGCAACAUUGUACCCCAGGAUGACUUAUAACCUCUCGGUGCACAACAGCCAUCAUGACCAGGUGCAUCAUUUCCCAGUCAUAUCCACCCCGUACACAUACCGGAUGAUGGAUUACGACACCGAAUACUGCUUCACUGCCAAAGCCAGAAACACCCUUCGCUUUCAGUGCCAGCCAUCUGAGCGUUACUGCCUAACCAGCAGCAAAGAUCCCAGAUCAAACCAGCUGCAGAGGGUAGUUGUGGGUAUUGUGGUUCUGUCGCUGUGCAUCUGUAUUCCUCUCGUGGUGGGUUACUUCCUCUACCACUACGUGACGGGCAAAGAACAGAAGACACCCUUCAUUCUGGAUCAACCUUGGCUUUCAACUCGACCCCAGACCCUCCUGCCCGACAGGUUCAACCCUAUCCUCAUCCCCGUUGUCACAAGCGAUUUUUUGUCCGACACAUCAAAAGGUAUCAUAAGGUCAGAGGAUGUUCCUGCUCGCCAUACCGUCUCCCAGUGCUACAUCCCGCAGGAGUGCACACAAACGCUGUUAGAAAAAAGCUUGCAGGCCCAAACGCCAUCGCCUUCUCCUGUGCCCGAUGUGAACAUUGUGGAGGAGGGAGACUUUUCAAGGUCUUAUUUGACCAAUAGCCCUCCAAACGUUGAGACACCGUCGGAGGGACAGAUGGAGCAAGACGUGGAAACAAACGGGACGCUUGUCGAGGACGUUCAAAGAGAACCCUUGCUUUCUUGCUUCAUCUGUGCACCCUCAAACGUCUCAACCGAAGACUACGCUGUCCUCUCGGUGAGGGCAGUGGACGAAGAUGAAGAGGACGCGUCGCUCCACAUCAACUGGGACCCUCAUUUGAGAAAACUGUUGUUGCCAGGGACAGAUAUCAAACAGGAGGAAGAAGAGGAGCUGCGGUUGGACAACGUGCUCCUUCGACAGGAGUCCGAGGAAGAGGCGGGGCCACAGCAGGCGGCCGAUCCAGGCUUGUGUCUGGAGGAUAUUGUCAGCAAAUGGAAUUUGGUUAUCUCCAUGGAGGAGUAAGACAACAUCUUUACCUGCCUCACUUAAAAUAAUCAUAAUAUUAAUUAAAUAAAAUACAAAAUAAUACAUUUAAUAUCAAUUAAUUAUAAAUAAUUUUAAUCAAUUUAUUUUGAUUUUAUUUAGAAAAAUACAAAUAUUCUAUGUUGUUUGAUAUACUUUUUCAUAUUUAAUUAUUACAUUAUAAGGGUGGAAUGCCAUAUCCAGUUUGGGGAGGAGAUCUUGCCCCAAUUCGAGGAGUUCAAGUACCUCAGAGUCUUGUUCACAAGUGAGGGAAGAGUGGAUCGUGAGAUCGACAGCCGGAUCGGUGGGGUGUCUUCAGUAAUCCGGACGCUGUAUCGAUCCGUUGUGGUGAAGAAGGAGCUGAGCCGGAAGGCAAAACUCUCACUUUACCGGUCGAUCUACAUUCCCAUCCUCACCUAUGGUCAUGAGCUUUGAGUUAUGACCGAAAGGACAAGAUCACGGGUACAAGCGGCCGAAAUGAUUGUCCUCUGCCGGGUGGCGGGGCUCUCCCUUAGAGAUAGGGUGAGAAGCUCUGCCAUCUGGGGGGAGCUCAAAGUAAAGCAGCUACUCUUCCACAUCGAGAGGAGCCAGAUAAGGUAGUUCAGGCAUCUGGUCAUGAUGCCCCCCGAACGCCUCCCCAUAGAGGUGUUUAGGGCACGUCCGACCGGCAUGAGGCCACGGGGAAGACCCAGGAAACGUUGGGGACUAUGUCACCCGGCUGGCCUGGGAACGCCUCGGGAUCCCCCGGGAGGAACUGAAUGAAGUGGCUGGGGAGAGGGAAGUCUGGGUUUCUCUACCUAGGCUGCUGCCCCCACGACGCGACCUCGGAUAAGCGGAAGAAAAUGAAUGGAUAGAUUUAUUAUCAUUAUUUUGGAAAAAUAAAAAAAUAUGAUAAUAAAUAAAUAAAAAGCUAGCACUAUAGAAUGGUCACCACUGUAAUUAAAACUAAUUAAAAACUUGUUUUACUACAAAAAGUGUCCAAACAUGUAUACACCAAAACACUUAGGCCCUGAUCUACUUAGAUCCAAAUACACGCACUAGAACAGUGGUCGGCCACCCGCGGCUCCGGAGCCACAUGCGGCUCUUUGGCCACUCUGAUGUGGCUCAGCUGCACAAUCGCCCACCCCCCGAUUGUUACGGGGGGAUUCUUCGAAUUUCACUCGGACAACAAUAUUGAGGGCGUGCCGUGAUGGCUUUACUUUUAGCGCCCUCUACAUUUUGACGCGUUUCACAAAAUAAAGAAGACAAUGGGAGCCGCAACCAUUCUCGCGAAUACCUGCUGGUGGUCACCCAUAUAACAAUAAUAAGGGCGUGCCAUGAAGCCAAUGCCUUUGACGCCUUCUACAACAUGUGCAGACAUCUUGCCAGUCCAGCAUCAUGUUGUAUGUGGAUGCAUAGCAUUCUGGGUAAUUGUUAUGUUGCGUUUAUAAUUUGUUACAGUGCGGAUUUUCUCCAGACAUGUGUUUGUCAUUCUUGUUUGGUGUGGGUUCACAGUGUGGUGCGUAUUAGUAAGAGUGUUAAAAUUGUUUAUAUCACAACCUUCAGUGUACUCUGUGUCACCCAGUAUGCCUUGCAGUUGUGUACGUGAAUCUGCGGAAGCCACAUACAACAUGUUACUGGACUGGCAAGCUGUCUGUACAUGUUGUAGAAGGCGUCAAAGGCAAUGGCUUCAUGGCACGCCCUUAUUAUUGUUAUAUUAGUGACCACCAGCAGAUAUUUGUGGAAAUGAUUGCGGCUCCCAUUGUCUUCUUUAUUUUAUGAAACGGGUCAAAAUGGCUCUUUGAGUGGUAAAGGUUGCCGACCCCUGAUCUAGGAUGUGGCCAGAUCAUGGAUGAUCGCUUCGCCAGCAACAGCAUCACCCUGUUUCUGGGCACGGUUGUUCGCUGCUGCUGGGACAGUGAUCCUCCGCCUCUCGUCCAUUUUCUCGCCAGCUGAAGCAGCGUUUCAUUCGCCAUAGCCACUUGUCGCUUCUCCGCUGGCUUCGGGGAGGCAUGGCCUGGCCAACCUCCUCCCCUCCUCCCUGUGCCCUCCCAUGAUUUGGGAUAUAGUUCUUGUUUGGGGACUCUGGGAUGUCUGGAAUCAUUUUAUGGGAGGAGUGGAGGGUGUAGUGUUGGUACUGUCAUGACCUGAUAUGGCCAGGUCAGACUUUGUACAUUGUUUUUCCUCUGUUUAGUGUUUAUUUCUAUUACAGUCCCUCCUUUUGUUGACCUGCCACUUCUUGCUCUGAGCGCUGAUUGACCACACCUGCUUUUGUUUAGUGAUCACGACGCACACCUGCUUCUGGUCACUAAUGAGACGGAUUUAUAUGCCAGCCUCGCUGGUCAGUGAGGGCUGAAACAUUCAUGAAGAUUUGUAACUCUCCCUUUGUUUCAUAUUUGCUUCAAUUAUGCCUUGCAAAGGACGAUAUGUUUUUGCUUUAUGUUUCAUGUGUACUUCCCUGCGGCUUUUAACAAUUAAAGAAUGUUCUUACCUGCAAA